AUGAGCAACACAUGGGAUGAGUUGCUGAAUUAUGGCUACUCGAAACCAGUGGAAGCCAAGCCAAUCAUUGUUGUAAUAUCUCCACAUGAAGAAACUUUGGUUGAAUUCCAAAAGAUGAUCUCGCCAUUUGUCCAAAAGCAGCAAAGGGAAAGAGCAUCAAGGCUCUUUGGGUAUUGCGAUCUCGUUCUCGAUAAAGAUAGCGGUAACGGCAGAAGCGGUGCGGAACUGGCACUAUACACAGUACUCAGGAACGACAGAUGGGAUUCGCUCCCGAUGUUGAAGUCGCUCUUGGGCACAUCGCUGCAAGACAGCUCACAGAUAACGAGGUGGUAUGUGGUUUUGGACUGGGCCCAGGAUUUCCAGAGGCAAUGGUUACAGUAUCUGGAGAUGUGCCGCGAGAAAUUGACUCCUUUAACACUGUCCUUAAAUGUCGUGUGUAUCAAUUCGCAUCACAUCUACUUUUUACAGGAAAACAUUGCCGCUUGGGAAAACUACCACACUGACUACAUUCAACAGAGCUUGCGCACGUUUUGUCUACAAGCGCACGGAAGUCUCGUCUACUUGGACGAGAACCCAUCAGUUAAUUUUAUUGAGAAAUUGUUACUAAACCGCAUUUUAGAGUCCGAUACUGAAUUGGUCAAGCCAGAGAAGAUUGUCGUACCUCAAGAUUCCGAUUCUUACAGACUAAUUCAAACCUUGGACGAAUCCUUCGACCCGAUCACCCUUACAACCUCGAAGUACCAAAAUAUUAUCCCCCAAGGUAGUCAGAAAUCGCAUAAUUUAACCGUGGAGAAUGAAAUACCAGAAGAACCUGUCCAAGUGCCGUCCGUACAGGAAGUACUUGCCCAAUUGUAUACCUCGAGGCGGUAUCAACGGACCUGA